UUAUUAUUUGUAUAAUUAAAGAUAAGAUAAUGAAUAUUUUUAAUUUCUGAGUAAGCGACAAAAUAAGAUCGGCAAAACAACGACUCGACAGCAUGAUAUUUGAGGCGAAUGUCGAUUGUUAAAAUUGAUACCUGAACAGAGCUACGUGAAUAACUUUUGGAUUAAAUAUGUCAUCGCAGACUCUGAAUUAAAUUUUUCGUAAUCAGGAUUUCAGUAGAGAUCAUCUCCGCGAUCAGCUCUUAUAAUUGAAAACGGAGACGGUGAAAUUUUUGUUGAACACAUCCUGAGUUAUUUACUACCGCAUGUGGCUGUCAGCUGGAGAAUGGCUAAUCUUGAGGAUACGCAGCGCCGUUUCCCUUCGUGCAGCAAAGAUGGAAUGAGGACUAAAGAAAAUCUUGACCUGGAGGAUGAUGGAAGUUCAACGAGUCGUUUGAGUUUUGACCCCCUGAGUAUACCGCGGUCACUGGGAUCCCUGAAUCCCCAAGAGACACCGGAGAGGAAAGUAGCCGCUCUAAAGACCCUCUUGGAAACAGACCUUGUUGGUGCAGAUGUAAAGUGGUCGCUAUUUGUCGCAGCAUCUCAUAGCUACAGAUAUGACUCCUGCAUUAAACCAUUUCCACCAAUGUAUAUCAAAAAUGAAUGCAAAGAUAUCGAUGCUUUGAGAGAAACUAUAGAGAGAGUACCACCUUUUAUGAUAAUAUUACACGAACUGCGCAAGCCAGAAGUCUACCAAAAUUUUGCAGAUGCAGUAGAUCUGUUGUACUGGGUUUUAGUGAGGCUGCGAGAUCCCAUUAUUAAGAGCGUCAACAAAGAUUGCUAUGAAUCGGUGCUGAGACGUGUUCCCUCCGAAAUGUCAGUUGCGGCACCUAAUCUGAUAUUCCAAGUAGCCAGCGCAAAACAUUCACCCUCUGAGGAACGGUGGAAGGUAACUUCCCACAGACACACGACGUUCUAUGCCUAUCAUGGUAGUCGCCUCGAGAAUUUUCAUUCCAUAAUUCAUCAUGGCCUGCAGCAAAGCAUGUGCAAGAAAUGUAUGUUUGGAAAAGGGGUGUACUUGUCCAGUGAAUUGGGAGUCAGUCUGCCUUACAGUCCCAUGGGUUAUGGAUGGGGAGCUAGCGUCCUCGGAAGCGAAUUAAGUUGUAUCGCGUUGUGUGAAUUAAUAAAUCAUCCAGAUGUGAAACGAGGUGACUCAGGAGAUGCUGCGUCGAACACCAGGACCGAUACAAUCGGUGGAACUGUACCUGAUAAGUACUAUCUUCUGAUAAACAGUGACUUGGUUCGAGUAAGGUACUUGCUGGUCUACUGCCAGGAUUUGUCCUCUUCAAGAGAUAAAGAUAGACGAGGGCUGAUUGGAUGGUUCAAGAGACAUAAGCUCCUUACUUUUGUAAUCGGUUACGUUGUGCUCUUGGCUUCUGUUGGAUUGAGUCAUAAUAAGUACGUUGAAAAGUACUAUCGAUCAUUUAUACAAAAAGUUGGAUUCCAGUAAACAAAAUUUGAAGACGAUUAAUUCUUAAUCAAGUGUUCAAAGUUUUUUAGGAAAGUCCCCACCAAGAUGUCAUUUAGCUCCUCUCUUUUACUUUAAUAUGUAUGUACAAAUUAAAUUCCAGAUUUGAUAUAUGGUGAUUAAAUAAAAGAACUGAAUUAUUUAGGAAAA